GGUUCAGUUCCAUAGAUAGAAAUUUUAUAGAGGAUAUAACUAUAGGAAAUUACAUUGAAUAAAACAUUAUAUUUUCAUAGGUUAGACAGUUGCAGCGAAGAGCUCAACCGGAUGACCGUGCACCGGGCCAGUUUUCGCCAGUUUUCGCGAGUGGCCGUGCGCGGGCCGGACGCUGCCCGCGGUGCAGUGUGAUCACGAGCUCGUGGGUGGCUCGCAGGAACGCAUGCAGAACGUGACGUCACAGCGACAUGACUUCGUGACCAAGUGGCUGCCCGAGGCAGAACGGCAGCGGGCCACCGGGCCGACGGAGACCAUAGGCACCAAUUGCGGCAGCGGCGCGUGCGCGAUGGUGGGCAAGACCCCCACGGCCGACGCGUUCGGCAUCCCAUGUACGGACGGACGACGGCCAUUGGCGCGGCCAAGCACCGCCACCUGGUCGCAAGGCCCAAACUUGCUGAUGGCCGAAGAGACGGAGACCAGUUCGAGUUACCAGCAGUGGGGCCCGUUGGAGUUGUCCCGGCCACGGUCGCUGGCUCCGUACUGCCGGUCGGAAGAGCCCGUUAACGGUCGCACCGUGUACACCGUCAGUUACCGGCCACCCGGGUCGUCCCGUGACCCGUUGCCCGGCGAACAGCCCCCGACCAACGGGUACGGAAACAAAGAUAAGUCUACGGACGAGGCUGACACCAACCAACUGUUUUACCCAAGAGCGCACGAUUACAAUUUGUAAUCCCAAAAAACUGUACAAAUUUACGAAAAUAGAGCACAGAAGAUUAAGACUACCUACUGAUCAAACCAAGAAACUGUAUUUUGAAGUACCUACAAUAAUUGUAUACCCGCCAUUAUUAUCAAACGCAUAGUAAGUCUCGACAAAUUAACCGGUAAUUACCGAUCUAACCAAAGUGCAUAAGAACGUGACGACCGAAAUGAACGUGAAAUAAUUCGGAUAUCACAAAUGCGUGAAGCGCGAAUGCGACAUUCAACUAAUAAUAAUAAACGACAUUUUUCACGCUCCAUUUUUAUAUAUAUAGAUGAAUAUUUGUGUGUAGAUUAGACCUCUGGGAAGAAG